AUGAAGGAGCUUACCGUUCCCAUUCUCUUGCUCCUCAACAUAUUCUGCAAAUUCAAGACUGAUUCGCUCAUCUUGAUAUGGACUCUACACGCCCUAUCAGACAACGCCAGGGAGCUAGUCGUGACCCCAAUCGUGCUAGUAGAGCUACCCAAGGAGCUGGUUAUGACGAUAGACAACAACAGUACCAAUACCAAAGCCAACACCAGCACCAGAAAGGGCAUGUCACAGAGCAGCAUCACCAUCACCCCGGCUUGUUACCUCUGCCAAGACCCCAGACACCUCCAGCGGCGUUGUCCACUAUUCGCCCUUUGGAAAUCCGCCGUCGAGACACUCUGCCGCGACCGCACUAUUGACCCGAUGAGUCUUAUUGAACAGAUCGACAUCGGAAUCCUUGUUACUGCUCUAGCUAGCGCCCUUCCCGAUAGAGAUGGUGACAUCUCUAUGCAGUAG